AAAUCCAAAAAGAUAUCUAGCAUAUCCAUCAUCAAAUUCAAAAGGGGAAAGUACACCUAUGUUAUUCCAAUUGAAUUCGAAGCUAAAGGUGCGAAGACACUUGAGAAUAUCAAGAGAUUGCUUAUCGAAGCGAUUGUAGCCUCAGGCGGUCUCACAUUGAUCGAGGAGGAUCCUUUACCUGAAGACGAGGAAGAUUUGGACGAGGACAACAUUCCCGUUCCAAAAUCAGAAUAUAUACAAGAUGAGGAGGAUAUAGACAAUCCCAACAUUAUUUCCGAAUUGGCUCCUAUAGAUAUAAGAUUAGCCGUGCCUAAGGACAAGACCAACCCCUACGGAAACGAAUGGAUAGAGUUGGACGACAACAACUUGGCCAACAUAGACUUCAAUGAUUACGAUAUUUUGGCAUUUGCCUAUGGCACUGAAGAGUCAUUCGAAGUGAUAGAGGCUGCGUACGAAGAGUAG